CGAGUGGGUCGUGCCUACCGCUCCCUUCCCACCUUUCCCGCAAACCAACGGUGUUCUCAGUUAAUAAACAAAUCGGCGGAGCAACAAGAGAUUUCCACACGUGAUCUGGGAGCAGGAAAGCCGUCACCUUAUAAGGAGCCGAGGUGCGUAGCCCACGCCACACAACUCUACGUGCACAGCCAGCCUGGCUGGGAGCAGCUGCCUCACGAUUGAUCGCCCGCAAUACCAGAAGACUGAAUCGCCGUCCAGCGCCAGCCAGCGAGCCAGGAGCAAGGGGAAGAUGGCCAGCACCGGCGAGAUCUGGCUGCAGUGGUUCUCGUGCUGCUUCCAGCAGCAGCGCUCGCCCUCCCGCCGCCCACACCAACGCCUGCGCAUCGACCGGUCCAUGAUCGGCAACCCCACCAACUUCGUCCACACGGGCCACAUCGGAUCCGCGGACGUGGAGCUGUCGGCCAACCGCCUCAACGCGAUCUCCACCCAGAUGCAGAGCAAGGGCGGCUACGAGACCAACUCGAUACACUCGCUGCAUGCCUGCUGAUGGAAGCCCCCAUCACCUGGCAACAUCCCCGCUUUGAAGUGCAUUUCGUGCAAAUUUCCACAGAGGAGGAGGACGGCGAAGGAGAGGAGCAGCAGACAUACCUUUUACUACGAUUCGUGCUAUCUGGCGAGGAG